UUGUCAGUUGCAGGAAUUUUUAUUGAUAUGACAGGUCAUCAACAGUCUUUUAAGUUGGUGGUGAGUCAUGAAUUUAUGGGUUAAGGGCAAAUUCUGUCCCAUGCUGCCAUUGUAGGUCCCCUUCCAAAAAUUGUUUUCUUGGCCUCCUCAUUUGAGCUUUCCCUGACCUUAAUCUGGCCACUUGCUCUUUAGCCCUUAGGCCUUGCUUUGUGGUUUGUGGUAAAAAUUCUAGAUUUGAGAUGUACCUUUCUACUUCUACAUUGGGAAAAAAAUAGUUUAAACCCAAUCAAGCGAAUGUUUUUCAGAGUUUAAGCACUUCGCUGAACUCCAAAAGGAAGGGAAAGUUUUUCAGAGUUUCCAAACUACAAAGGCAAACUUCUAAAUAAUAAGACAUAAAAAACAAUCACCAUUGAUGCCCACAAAUUAUUGUUUUUUUUCCUUUUCCAUUUUCACUUGUUUGUUUGCUUUCCUGCCUUCAACUUGCUUAUCUUCUACUCCAUCACCUCAGCCUCAACUCAGCAGUCGAUUCCUUUCACUCUCUUUUUGGCGGCAGGUUGGGUCCCAUCCCAAUCAAAAAAUCUCGUCUGUCUCACUCUCUUUGUCAUAAAUGCCCAUUCUCAACCCAACGUCCCUACUCCUUUCUCUUCAUUGUAAGAACAAAAAGAAAAAAAAAACAACAAACAAAUCCUUUGUCAUUUCUAAGCUCUUCCUUCUCCUCUUUAAAACCCACAUUUUUAAUAUUCACUAAAAGAAAGAAAGAGGCUUCUCUUUUAUUGAUCAUGAAGAAGCUGGCUCUCUUUGUACUCUUCUUCCUCUUCGGGAACUUGAAACCUGCCCUUUCUCUUUCCCCUGAGGGCCUUUCUCUUCUCUCUUUGAAAUCCGCUGUCGACCAACCUGCAGGCCAGUCAGCGUUCGCCGAUUGGAACGAGAAUGACACGACGCCGUGCAAUUGGUCCGGCAUUUCCUGCAUGAACAUAACAGGGUUCGCGGACCCACGUGUUGUAGGGAUCGCAGUUUCAGGGAAGAAUCUCCGGGGGUAUAUUCCGUCAGAGCUUGGAACAUUAACCUAUCUCCGAAGGUUAAAUCUUCACCGCAACAACUUUUAUGGUUCCAUACCGGACCAACUUUUCAAUGCCUCAUCGCUUCAUAGCUUGUUUUUGUACGGUAACAACCUGUCUGGUUCUCUGCCUCCCUCGAUCUGCAAUCCAAGGUUACAAAUCCUCGAUCUCUCCAACAAUUCACUGUCAGGUACUCUGCCUGAGAAUCUUAAGAAAUGCAAGCCAUUGCAGAGGUUGAUUCUAGCUCAAAACAAGUUUUCAGGUGAAAUUCCUGAUGGAAUUUGGCCGGAAUUGAACAACUUGGUUCAACUCGAUCUUUCGUCCAAUGAAUUCAACGGAACGAUUCCUAGUAGCAUCGGAGAGUUAAAUUCGUUGUCAGGUACUCUCAAUUUAUCUGACAAUAACUUGUCUGGUAAGCUUCCGAAAAGCUUAGGUGACUUGCCUGUUGCUGUUAGUUUUGAUCUUAGAAACAACAAUUUAAGUGGGAAAAUACCUGAAACGGGGUCGUUUGCAAAUCAAGGACCAACAGCAUUUCUACACAAUCCUCUUUUAUGUGGAUUUCCUCUGCAAAAAUCCUGUAAAAAUUCCAAUAUAAGUCCUUCAGGAAGUCAAAAUUCGGGUCCUAAUGCUGGUGAAAGGCAGAAAAAAAGGUUCAGUGCUGGAUUAAUUAUAUUAAUCCCAGCGGCUGAUGCUGCUGGUGUAGCUUUGGUAGGAUUGAUUAUAGUUUAUAUUUAUUGGAAAAAGAAAGGUUCUUCAAAUAAAUGUAGCUGCACUGGAAAAGGCAAGUUUGGUCAUAAUGACGAAGGGAAGCUCUGUUCUCUCUGUUCAUGUGCGUGCAUCAACGGGUUUCGAAACGAAGACUCCGAAUUCGAAGACCUUGAAAAGGGGGAGAUAUCAAGCAAAGGAGAAGGAGGGCUUGUUGCCAUUGAUAAAGGCUUCAGCUUUGACCUGGACGAGCUGCUAAAAGCCUCAGCUUAUGUGUUGGGAAAGAGUGGGCUUGGGAUAGUGUACAAAGUGGUGCUUGGAAAUGGGGUGCCGAUAGCUGUACGGAGAUUAGGCGAGGGUGGAGAGCAGAGAUACAAGGAGUUUGCGGCUGAAGUCCAAGCUAUUGGGAAGGUUAAGCAUCCCAAUAUUGUGAAGUUGAGAGCAUACUAUUGGGCCCCUGAUGAGAAGCUUCUCAUCAGUGAUUUUAUCUCGAACGGCAAUUUGGCCAAUGCCAUGAGAGGCAGAAAUGGUCAACCAACGACAAGCCUCUCAUGGUCAACGAGGCUGAAAAUCGCAAAGGGAGCAGCUCGUGGCUUGGCCUAUCUUCAUGAAUGCAGUCCAAGAAAAUUUGUACAUGGAGACAUCAAACCAUCCAACAUUCUCCUCGACAAGGAAUUCCAACCUUACAUUUCUGACUUUGGCCUCAACAGACUCAUUAGCAUAACGGGUAAUAAUCUCUCUUCAUCAGGUGGCUUUAUUGGGGGGCUCCCUUACAAAUCAAUCCGAACGGAACGAACCAACAAUUAUGGAGCACCAGAGGCUCGAGUCCCUGGCAGCCGCCUAACUCAAAAAUGGGAUGUCUAUUCAUUUGGACUCGUCUUACUUGAACUGCUCACUGGGAAGUCUCCUGAGCUGUCACCAACCACAUCGACUUCCACGGAAGUCCCAGACCUAGUGAGUUGGGUGAGGAAAGGAUUUGAAGAAGAAAACCCAUUGUCAGACAUGGUGGAUCCGAUGUUGCUACAAGAAGUGCAUGCCAAGAAGGAAGUUUUGGCGGUUUUUCACGUAGCUCUUGCAUGCACUGAAGCAGACCCCGAGACUAGACCAAGGAUGAAAUCUGUUUCGGAGAAUCUUGAAAGAAUUGGAACAUAAUUAAGAAGUUUUGAUUGUUUUGUCUGUGAAAAGAACACAGUCGAUCAUUUUUGCCCUGGUAAAAUUUGCAAGAUUGUUGAUAUUAAGUAUUCAUUCCCCUAAAAAUCCUCCGGAUUAGGCCCAAGAGUUUCCUGAAAAUUAAACAUUUUGGUGAUACA